GAAAACGGGAAAGGAGUUAAGACCGGUUGGGAUUGGACGAUGGUUAGAAGCAAAUUCUCGCACUUUCCCCAAUUUCCAUCUUUCAUCUUUUUCCGUUACCUAACAAACCAUUCCUCCACCACCACCAUCACCACCGAUUCAUCAACUCCAAAACGUUUCUUUCUUAAUCUUCCUAACUAGGUAGGGUUUUCAUCGCUCUACAAUUUCUUUAUGUUUGCGUGUAAAAUACGAUCAUUCACCUUUCCUUGCUUCUACUGUUCAUUUUUUCACCACGCGCUUCAAUUCAACGCUUCCAGAUCCUCCUUUUCACUUUUUUAACCGAUCCGCAUUUUUUUUUUGCAAUUUGUGUUUCAUAAACCCUUCGCUGAUCAAAUUGUUGUUUCUUUGUUUGUUAAGGUGUUUUGGAUUUUGGUUCGAAGUUUCAGGAAUCAAGGAGUAAAUAAAUCAUUUGUGAUAUUUUAAGGACAUACAUUCUACACAAAAUAUCAUGGAGGAAACAAUGGCAGCAAGAUAUUGGUGUCACGCUUGUUCUCAAAUAGUCAGUCCUAUCAUGGGAAUGGAGAUGAAAUGUCCAGUUUGCCAAAGUGGAUUUAUUGAAGAAAUGAGCAGUGCAACUGGUAUCAAUGACUUGCAAAAUACACCAGAAAAUGAUUUUGGAUCGGAUCGUUCUCCCUCCCUUUGGGCACCAAUCUUGCUAGGCAUGAUGGGCAAUCCGCGGCUUCGUCGGAGAUUGAGACGGAUAGAGCUUGAAGAGGAUUAUGAUAGUGGGAAUCGCGAUGGUGAUAAUGGUAAUGGUGGUGUAGGACAUUAUGAUCGAGAGCUCGAGUCCAUCCUUCGAAGGAGGAGAAGAAGCUCUGCUACUAUUCAGCAAUUGCUCCAAGGCAUAAGAGCUGGACUGACAUCUGAGUCGCAUGAGAAUACGGAUAGGGAUGACCGUGUUAGGGAAAGAGAAAGAGAGCAUGUAAUAUUGAUUAAUCCUUUUAAUCAGACUAUUAUUGUUCAAGGCUCCUAUGAUUCAAACCGGGACCAAAGUGAUAAUCAUAACCCCAUUGGGUCUUUGGGUGACUAUUUUGUAGGGCCUGGUUUGGAUCUAUUGUUGCAACAUUUGUCUGAGAAUGACCCUAAUAGGUAUGGAACUCCACCUGCUCCAAAGGAAGCCGUUGAAGCUUUACCAACUGUGAAAAUCAAUGAGAAUAUGCAGUGUUCUGUCUGUUUGGAUGAUUUUGAAGUUGGUUCCGAUGCCAAAGAGAUGCCAUGUAAACAUAGGUUUCAUAGUGCUUGUAUCCUGCCCUGGCUGGAGCUUCAUAGUUCUUGUCCGGUUUGCAGAUCUCAAUUGCGAGUGGAUGAACCCAAGCAAAACUCUGAUGUGUCAAGGAAUAAUAGAAAUCAAAGGGAGAAUGAAAAUAUUGGACAUGCCAAUAAUGCUGAAAGGGAUAGUGAAGGGAGAAGUGCAAGUGGGGGUAGAAGAUUCUCAUUUCCAUGGCCUUUCAAUGGAUUAUUUUCAUCUUCAUCAUCAUCUAGUUCAAAUGCCAAUGGAAACAGUACUCACCCAGAAAGAAACUGAGUAUUCACGCAGAUCCGUUGUAUAUUUCAUGUGCUGCAUUGCUUUUGUACAGAGAAAACUACCGAUUAAAAGAUACAACGUUGACAUUAUCGGUUUUGAUUUUUUACACCACUUUGUUUUUGCUAAAUUUCGUGCACCAUUGCUAUAUUUCCUUCAACUUUUACCAACCAACGUGGUUUGUAUAUAUUUGAUGUUGGUUGUUUAUUUCAUGAAUUUGUACUACAUUGGUAAAUAUGUUUAUUUCUUAA